UCCCUUCUCUAUUAAUUUGUCACACCAAUUGCACUCGGAUUUCUGACAUAUAUAUUUUGGAUAAGAGAAGGCUGGAGUUACGUUUUACCUGACAAACCUACUUCUUCUUUUCCUUCCAUUUUUUUUUUUCUAAGGGGGAGAGGAAGACAGAAAGAGCUGAACCUGAAGAGAUGAACAUGGCUCACCAUCCAUGGAUUUUCACCUUUGGCAUUCUUGGCAACAUCAUCUCUGUCGUGAUGUUUCUUGCUCCUCUCCCUACAUUUUUUCGAGUUUAUAGAAAGAAAUCAACUGAAGGGUUUCAAUCAAUUCCAUAUGUGGUUGCACUAUUCAGUGCCAUGCUUUGGCUUUACUAUGCCACCCUGAAAUCCAACGAUUAUCUUCUUCUCAGCAUCAAUUCUGUUGGUUGUCUAGUGGAAAGCAUCUACAUUGUGGUGUACAUUGUCUAUGCACCAAAGAAAGCCAGGAUCCUGACUUUGAAGCUGGUACUUGUAAUGAAUUUAGGGGGAUUCUCUGCAAUCCUUCUUCUUACACAUUUCUUUGCCAAAGGAUCAAGCCGGCUGCAAAUUGUUGGAUGGUUCUCUGUUGCAUUAUCUGCAGUUGUGUUUGCUGCACCUUUAAGCAUAAUGAGGCGGGUCAUACGCACCAAAAGUGUUGAGUUCAUGCCAUUUACCUUAUCCAUUUCCCUCACUUUGAGUGCUAUUAUGUGGCUAAUAUAUGGUAUCCUACUCAAGGACUUCUACAUUGCGCUUCCAAACAUUUUCGGAGUCGUCUUAGGGAUAAUUCAAAUGGUCCUCUAUGGAGUUUACAAGGACUGCAAGGAAGUUACAGAGGAGCAGAAUCUACCAGAAAUAAUUGACGAAACGUUGGUUAUGAUGAGCCCAAUCAAGACAACUUUUAAGGUGCAUGCAGUGUCACUGCCCAAUGAAGUGGGUAAACAGGAAAAUUCAGACGAUGAUCACCCGAGAAAACCCAAUGGUGAUUUCAUUGAAUCUAUCCAACUCAAUGACAUUGCUGUUUGAUAUGCUUUCCCUUCAUUUCGAUGGGAGCUGAGCUACCAUUGUAUCCUAAAUAUCUAUUUAUAUACUUGAAAUUCAAAGCUUGGCCCUUAGAGUCUUGUUUUUUACGCACUAUGAACAUGCUAUUAGCUAAUGCCAUAGCUUAGCUAGAUUAUUGUCUCUACUUGUAUUUUUUUAUCUGAUCCAUAAGCCAAUAAAAGGAUUUGAUUUGAAA